AUGAGGCAGAAGUUGGACAAUCGCAUAAGAACGCUCAUUGAGAAUGGUGUCCAAACUGGUCACAGAACUUUUUUUGCGAUUGUAGGAGAGCAUGUAAAGAAUCAGAUUCCUAUCCUCCAUCAUAUUCUCUCCAAGGCACAUGUAAAGGCGCGACCAAGCGUUUUGUGGUGCUAUAAAUCGAAGUUGGAGUUCUCAUGUAGUCGUAAGAAGAGAAUGCAUGAUUUGAAGAGAAAACAGGCUAUCGGAAGUUCAAUGGUCAAUGCUGAGGAUCAUUUCGAAUCAUUUAUCGCUUCUACCAAUGUUCGAUAUUGUUAUUAUAAAGAGACACACAAAAUUCUCGGUAAUACGUAUGGCAUGCUUGUGUUACAAGAUUUCGAAGCCUUAACUCCAAAUCUUCUUGCGCGUACAAUUGAAACGAUAGAAGGUGGCGGAGUAAUUGUUCUACUUCUCAAAAGUGUCUCUUCUCUCAGACAAUUAUACACUCUUUCAAUGGAUGUGCACAAUCGUUAUAGGACGGAAGCCCAUACUGAUAUUACUCCUAGAUUCAACGAAAGAUUUAUUUUGUCUCUUGCGAGUAGUAAUAGCAUAGCUGUUUUGGAUGAAGGAUUCAAUAUUUUACCCAUCUCAAGCCAUAUUUCAAAAGUUGAACCUCUUCCUUUCAAAAAGGAUAAAACGACGGCUGCUGAGCAUGAACUUAAUGAUAUGAAAGAAGCUUUGAAAGACACGAAGCCUAUUGGCUCAUUACUCGGUCAAUGUAGAACUGCAUGUCAAGGAAAAGCCCUCCUUCGUUUACUGGAUGUCAUCACAGAAAAAGAUCUUAAUGUAACCUGCUCUGUAAUGGCUGCUCGUGGUCGUGGUAAAUCUGCAGCAUUAGGUCUUGCUCUCGCUGGAGCCAUUGCUUUUGGUUAUACUAAUAUUUUUGUUACGUCACCCUCUCCAGAAAAUUUGCGAACUUUCUUUGAAUUCGUUGUGAAAGGAUUUGACACUUUACAAUAUCAGGAGCACACAGAUUACGAACUUGUGCAGUCUACAAAUCCCGAGUUCAACAAAGCUUUAGUCCGAAUCAACAUUUUCAAAGAGCAUAGGCAAAUUAUACAAUACAUCCAUCCUACUGAUGCUGUCAAGCUUGGCCAAGCAGAACUUUUGGUUGUCGACGAAGCUGCUGCUAUACCCUUACCAUUAGUGAAAAACUUGAUAUCUGGUCCAUAUAUUGUUUUCCUUGCUUCCACUAUUAAUGGAUACGAGGGAACUGGUAGAAGUCUUUCAUUGAAAUUGCUUCAGCAAUUACGUGAGCAGUCAAGCGGUGCGCUUAAAAAAGAUAAAGGAAUCACGAGCAAAGGUAGAAAAUUGCAUGAGAUGACAAUGGAAGAGAGUAUAAGAUACAAGCCUGGAGAUGAGAUUGAAAAAUGGCUGAAUCGCGUUUUGUGUUUGGAUGCAUGCAAUAGUGCGCAACGUUUAUCUGCAGGAACUCCAUCUCCUGCUGACUGUGAACUGUUCUAUGUCAAUAGAGAUACACUCUUUUCAUUCCACAAAGCUUCUGAAGCCUUCUUGCAGCAGAUCAUGUCUAUCUAUGUAUCUGCCCAUUACAAGAACAGUCCUAACGAUUUACAAAUGCUCAGUGAUGCUCCUGCUCAUCACCUGUUCGUUCUUAUGGCUCCUAUAAAAGAGGAAGACACCGAAAUCCCUGAUGUUCUUGCUGUAAUUCAAGUGUGCUUCGAAGGAAAUCUAUCCAAAGAUACUGUUAGCUCUUCAUUAGAAAGAGGAAAACGGGCUGCUGGGGAUCUGCUUCCGUGGACACUCUCUCAGCAAUUCUUGGACGAUGAGUUCCCAACUCUCUUUGGUGGAAGAAUUGUUCGAAUCGCUGUUCACUCGGAUUAUCAAUCUAUGGGUUACGGAAGCCGUGCUCUUGGGCUUCUAGAAGAUUAUUUCUUAGGAAACAUAGUUUCACUCAACGAGUCUACGCGUACCUUCAAUAAGCAGAAAGAAAAAGUCAAGAUUGUGAAAAAUGCAGAAGUAGUAGCACUUCUCGAAGAGCAGAUAGCUCCUCGUGCUGGGUUACCACCACUUUUAAUGCGCUUAGAUGAGAGACCUGCGGAACAGUUGGAUUAUCUAGGGGUCUCGUUUGGAUUGACGCUGAAUUUGCUGAAGUUUUGGAAGAAGGCUUCGUACACUCCAGUUUAUAUGCGACAAAUUGCAAAUGAUCUGACAGGAGAGCAUACUUGCAUUGUUCUUAAAAACAUCAGACCAGAAGAGUCUUCGAACUGGCUUACUUUCUAUUGGAGAGAGUUCAGAACUCGUAUGCUAAACUUAUACUCUUAUGAGUUCCGAAAAUUCUCUAGUCAAUUAGCCAUAUCUCUGUUACAAUCACGAAACAAAGAUAUUGAUACAGAGGACAAGAAUGAACCACUGGAUAGACACGAUAUUUCGCUUUUCUUGUCCAACACUGAUAUGAAGAGACUUGCUCAAUAUGCUCGAAAUAUGAUUGAUCCUCACUUGGUCACGGAUUUACUUCCAGUUGUCGCACAUAUUUACUUCAACAAGAAGCUUUCUGCAGAGACAAAGUUGGGUCCUGUUCAAGCAGCCAUCUUAUUAGGCAUGGGUUUACAACAUAAGUCAAUAGAAAACCUAGCAGAAGAGCUAGACUUACCAGUCAAUCAGGCUUCGGCUUUGCAUAACAAGACAAUAAGGAAGCUUUCUGAUGCGAUUGAUGAAGUCUGUAAAAAUGCUAUCAAGAAGUCUAUCGCCAACUUCGAAGAAGGAGCUGCUGAAAAACUCGGAACUACUUUCAAACCACUCGAGCAAAGUCUGAAGAAUGAGCUGGAUGACAUGAAAGCUGAAAUCCAAGAACGGCAAGAAAGAGAUAAGAAAAUUGCCAUGGUUGAAUUGAGCAAACAUUUGCAACAGUAUGAGAUAUCAUCGGACCAAACUGAGUUAGAAAAUGCAUACAAGAAUGCAAAUAUGAAAUUCUCUGCUGGAAAUCAGUCUACGUUCGCAGUGAAAAGUAAAAGAAAGACUGUUAAAGUCCAAGUACCCGAUGAGAAAAAUCCUCUCGCAGGUAGAAAAGCUAAAAAACCUCGUGACUCAUUUUAA